AGGUCCUACGCGCUCUCUCCGAUCGGACGGGCGGGAUUCGAUCAUAUUCGGUCAUCAGGACCGUUGCGAGACCCGUCGUGAAGAGUUCGUGCGUGCGCUGGUCCUUUUUCUUCUCUCCUUUGACGGAGAAGAUAUCAUCACCUCUGCAUGAAAACUCCUCCUACCACUUCUCUUGAACCCUCCUUCGCCGCCGCCUUCGCCGCCAUCGAGUUCGCGCGAGAGGAUAUGGGUUUCUUUCGAGGCGGCGGAAGUGAUCGCCAAGGGAAGCAAAAGGAGUGAGGAGGACUGCGAUUUGAUCUUGCCGGGGGGGCGGGGGUGUGAGAUUGGGAGGAAUUACAGAUGGCGACGAGGAGGUGUAUGAACGCUGCGUGCGGGGUGACGGAGCCAGGGGGAGAGUGGAGGAGGGGGUGGGGACUAAGAUCGGGUGGUUUUGCUAUGCUAUGCGUCAAGUGCGGGUUGGCAUAUGAGCAAUUAGCUUUCUGUGACAUUUUUCACCAGAAAGAGUCUGGGUGGAGGGAGUGUUCUUCUUGUGGCAAGCGCUUACAUUGUGGAUGCAUUGCUUCAAAAUCUUCCUUUGAUCUACUUGAUAUUGGAGGAGUUCAGUGCAUUGGCUGCAUGAAGAACCCUGAAGCACCUUUUAUGCCAAGUGAAGUAGUUCAAAAUUUUUUGUCUCAACACCAUCAAGCGGUCUUUGCUCUCUCAACUAGAUGUUCAAAAGAAAAUGAUACUGAUACAGCAGUAGUUAGUCGUGCCUGCGAAAUGUCCACCACUACUGCUGAUAGUAAAAUUGAUGUUGGUGCUUUUGUUAAGGGAAAGGGUAUGAGCAAUGUGGAUGUAGAGCAGAGUGAGAGUGAAAUCAGAUCGUUUGGGCAUAUCAAGUGGGAGCAACAGUCUCCUGACAUAGGAAUUGCAAGUUUCUCAAACAGAUAUCAAGGUCCAGUAGUGUCUUCCCAAAUAUCCCAACUAGAUGAGAAGGAUUUUGUGAUAGAUAAGUCUAUAAGUGAGUCACUAGCCCAGGCUUGUCUUAGUAUGAGCUUGGGAAAUACAAACCAAGGCAGCAACAUGGAAUCAUGUUCUAGUGCAGAAAGGCCACUUCUUGCGCUCCCUAUGGCUUGUUCAGUAGCUGAAGGAAAGGAUGAAAGAAAAUCGUUGUCUUUCUUUCAACAGUUGCCAAGGGCUCGUUUUCUUGCAAAGCCUCCAAAGACAAGUAAUCGAGCUUUUUCAGAUGCAUCUAGGAGUGCACUUCCAUAUAUGCGAGUUGCAAGGCCACCUGCCGAGGGCCGUAAUCAAUUACUUCCACGUUAUUGGCCAAGAAUUACAGACCAAGAACUACAACAAAUAUCUGGAGAUUCAAAUUCCACCAUAGUGCCGCUAUUUGAGAAGGUUCUGAGUGCUAGUGAUGCAGGUCGUAUUGGCCGUUUAGUUCUUCCAAAAGCUUGUGCAGAGGCAUAUUUUCCUCAUAUUUCUCAACCGGAAGGUGUUCCAUUAACAAUUCAAGAUACGAAGGGCAAAGAAUGGCAUUUUCAGUUUAGAUUUUGGCCAAAUAACAACAGUAGAAUGUAUGUCUUAGAAGGUGUUACUCCUUGCAUACAGUCUCUUCAGCUGCAAGCUGGUGAUACAGGUAAUUAGAUUUCAUGCAUCUCCUUCAAAAUAUUGCUCAGCAUAUGUGAAGGCUAUAGACACCAUUUCACUAUGUUUCCAAGCUAAAUUUUGAGAAAGAUAUCUAUCCCAAGUCAUCCUUGGACGAAGCAUACUUAUUUUUUUCUUGU